AUGGCCAUGGCCAUGGGCAUGCACCAGUGCAAAGUCAUCAGCGACAACCUGCACAAGGUUGCAUGCCCGAUUGCGAUGGACAGCUUCGCAUUCCUCUCGUCGGUGGGUUGGUCGUUGAGCAAUGCCAAGUGGUUGGCCCUCAAUCCAUGGUUCACCGUACGAUGGCUGGGAGACGACGCUUGCGAGCGAUAUCUGGUCGACCACUACAACCACACAGAGCUGCCGUACCGCUUUGCCAACGAGAAGAGGGGAAGCUACCGCAGUGACGUCUGCCGUGCAGCAGUUCUGGCGCGAGAGGGCGGCUUCUACACGGAUCUUGACGUGGAGAUGAAAUGGCCUUUUGAAGACUUAGCCGGCGAGGCAACGACCUUCUUGGCAAGCUUCUCCGAGGAUGGCAGUGUCCUCAAUGCAAUGAUGGGCGCUGUGGCCAACAGCUCCUUCAUGCAGGAGAUGCUGACACAGCUUACAGCUUGGUACAGGGGUGAGCCCGUGGCUGAGCGCUUCGGGACAACCUCGGAGUGGAUGGGGCCUGUGACCGCACUUGCUGCCCUGAAGGCGGUCAGCAUGAAAGAGUGUCCUGGCCAGGAGCUGCAGUACGUUGAAGGAGCCGAAUUCAAAUGCGGUCCGCACGUGAUUCGCAUGUUCCAGGAGCGGGGGUUGCCGUGUUGGCUUCCAGACGAUCCGGACUGCCCUCCACUGCGGUAUAACAACUACUUUGAUGGCGUGAGAUACGGCAUCUACAUCCCGUCUGGCCCCCUUGUGGCCUGGCCGCGCUUUGCGAACUGCACUGACUGGGGUUGCGAUGCGGGUGGCUGGGUCCAGAAGCCAGACCCAGGAGCUCCAGAUUCCAGCCUCGAGCCGGAGCCAAGCUUGAUGGCG